AUGGGGUCUACAAAGGACGGCGUCAAGAGCGGCAGGCGCAAGGAGCACUCGGAGGCCAAGGACGGCGAUGGCGUCAAGAGCGGCGGACACAAGAAGAAGCGCGCCGAGAGCAAGGCCAGCCAUGGCGUCACGGCUGACGGACAAGACGCGGAGCAUCCGGGCAAGGCCAACGACAGCGACCAGGCCGGCGGACCCAAGGAGCACCCGGAAAUGGCCAACGACGGCGAGGCACACGCAGAGACCAACAAGGCCCCCGGUGGCGGCGUGAAAGCGGACGGACCCAAGGAUCCCCCGGAUAGCAAGGCCAACCCGGAGAGCAAGGCCAACGACAGCGUCAAGCGCGACGGACUCGCUGGGCGCGCCGAGACCAAGGCCGAUAAUGGCAACAAGCCCGGCGUGGUCACCUCGAUACCCGAGGUGCCCAUCACGGUACAGCGCAAGCCGUUUGUGCAGCCCGACGACAAAGUGCGGCUCCCCCAUGCCGGAACAGCAAGGGCCAGCCUAGCUGCCACGUACGAACGCCCCGACGGAACGGCCCAGGGUGGCUGGGCCGAGCGUCAUCAGAACCAGACUGUUCUUCAGCAGCAUGUCGAGUUCUUUGACCAGGACCGUGACGGCGUCAUCUGGCCUGUCGACACGUUCAAGGGCUUCUACGCCCUGGGCUACGGCAUCGCCUUCUCGCUCCUGGCCGCCGCCAUCAUCAACGGCGCCUUCUCGUACCCGACGCUCUCUGGCUACCUCCCGGACCCUUUGUUCCGCAUCUACAUCAGAAACAUCCACAAGGACAAGCAUGGCAGCGACAGCGGCACGUACGACGCCGAGGGCCGCUUCGUGCCGCAAAAGUUCGAGGAAAUCUUCUCCAAGUACGCCGAGGGGAGGGACUACGUGACGGUCCCGGACGUGCUCAAGUUCCUCAGGGGACAGCGACUGCUUGCCGAUCCGUUUGGAUGGCUUGGGGCCCUCUUUGAGUGGCUCGCAACCUACCUUUUGCUCUGGCCUGCAAACGGGCGCAUGGCCAAGGAGGACAUCCGCGGGGUGUACGACGGCAGCAUCUUCUACACCAUUGCCGCAAGGCGCGAGAAGUUGAAGAAUCGAGGCUGA